AUGCCCUUUCAUGAAUCUGAAGAUGUUGUUGAUAGUCUUAUUGACUUUGUUUUCCCAGAAAUAAAAAUGAAAAGCUGCGAGGAAAUAAUGUUUGUUGACAGAGCAAUCUUGACUCCUCUCAAUACUGCUGUAGAUAGCAUAAAUUGUAGCCUAAUUGAUCAAUUCCCUGGAGAAUCAGUUUGUUAUAAGAGAUAUGAUUUAUUGCUCGAUGAUACAGGAAGUAUUUUUCCAACUGAGUUCUUAAAUACCCUUUCUCCUGGUGGUAUGAGUCCACAUGAAUUAGUGCUAAAGGAAAAUUGUCCUGUUAUUUUGCUUAGAAACCUUGCUCCUGCAUCGGGUCUCUACAAUGGUACUCGUAUGCUAUGUAAGCAUUUCUAUCCUAAUAUAAUUGAGUGUGCCAUAAUUACUGGCCAUCAUGCAGGAGAGCAUGUUUUCAUUCCACGAAUAAAUCUACGACCAUCUAAAGCGCUUAAUUAUCCAUUCAAGUUUCAAAGGAAGCAGCUCCCUAUUAAACUUAGCUUCGCUAUGACGAUCAACAAGGCUCAAGGACAGACUUUAUCACAAGUUGGACUCUAUCUAAACAGCCCUUGUUUCUCACAUGGGCAACUUUAUAUUGGUUUAUCUAGGGCUCAACCAUCAGCUCAAAUUAAAGUUUUAUCUAAACCAACAACAGAACAGGUUUCAGCAACAACAGUGAGAAAUGUCGUAGCAUUCAGCAUUCUCGAAAAGGCAGGUUCAGAAAUCUGUGUGAACAGCAAAGUAUCACAUAGUUUUGCUAUUUUGGAAAACUUUUCAUUAUUGACACAAAUGGAAAAUUCUUUACUAGACAUAUCUUCUCCAUCUUGGUAA